AUGGAGUCCGACACCGUGGCGUCCGGCGGUGCUGGGUGCGGCAAGAACUACGGGGCGACGCGCAUUUCUGUGUGGUCGCUUGCCCGUGCUGCACCCCGCCGUGACCCCGACGAUGGAGUACGCGAAGCCCGCUGCGCGCGGACUGACGCGACCGCAGCUGAUCAGCGUCGUCUCGGCAGCGUCGUUGGCGGCCUGCUGCUUGUGGGCGUGGCGGCUCUGCUGCUGCACUUCUGCCGCGACUCGCGCGACAACGCGAAUGCGCCGAAGGAGCCGACGGACCCCGUGACGCUCGUGUUCACCGACAUCGAGAGCAGCACGGCGCUGUGGGCUGCGUGUUCGGAGUUGAUGCCCGACGCCGUGGCGACGCACCACCGCCUGAUCCGCGCGCUGAUCGCGAAGUACCGCUGCUACGAGGUGAAGACGGUCGGCGACUCGUUCAUGAUUGCGUGCAAGAGCGUGUCCGCGGCGGUGCAGCUGGUGCGGGAGCUGCAGCAGGUGUUUGUGCAGCACGACUGGGGGACGGGCGCGCUCGACGAGGCGUACCGCAAGUUCGAGGAGGGCCGGGCGGAGGAGGACGCGGAGGGGUACGUGCCGCCGACGGCG